CUCCAGACGCCCAAACAGUCACCCGAUCCAUUUCCAAUGUCCUCCACAGCCCAACAUCCCCACUAUCAAACCUCCCUCGAAAUGCUCCCUUUCCCCCAACCAACAUCUCCAUACACAUACAUAUAGCCAGCCCGCCCACACCAAUCCCAUAUCCCACCUAACCCCCCAAAAACCAUGGCAAAUUACAACCAGCAAUUCCACGCCACCUACACCCCCUGCACGCCCCAAUCCAACUACCACGACCUAGCCUGCAACCACCGCGUGCACGUCGACCACAACUUCGGCUGCGGCAGCAACUGCCGCGUCGCCGUGCCCGAGCAACCCUACGUGUGUCCCGAGUGCCUAGUCGCCGACGUGCGUUUGGACAUGCAGCUCGACGAUCUCAGUCUAGAUGCUAGUAAGAAAGACGGGGGGGAAGGGGGGGAUAGGCUGCGCGGCAUCGUGGAUGUGAAUCUACAGAGACUGUUGGAGCGCGGGUACAGGGUUUGUAGGGGGGUGCCGAAAUUGGAUCCUGCGUUGCAGUUUUUUAAUCAGUUUCUUGAGGAGGAGGGGUUGGGGGGUGUGGGGGAGAGGAGUGUAACGCCGAGGAUUGCGGCGCCGAGGCAGAGGGUGUAUAAGAGGCCUGGGAGGGGGGCGAGGGCGGGGCUCGAGAGGAGGGCUGAGGCGGCGGCGGCGACGGCGGCGCGGACGCAGAGGGCUGGGCUGGAGAGGGAUGAUGCGGCGACUGAGGCGGUGCGGGAGGCGCUGCAGGCUCUUGCUUUGGCGUCGAAUACGGCUUGAGGGAUUCCAUGUCGGUUUGCGGACGGAGCACGAUUUACCUUGCCUUGGAGGACGCCUACUUCCCUCUUUCUAAACGCCGUCGUCUUCGCCCUGUGUUGGUGGCCUUCCUAGAUAAGACCAGCUGCUGCUUGAUCUGGGCGGGAUGUUCCCCAUCCGCGACGCAGCCUGUGGAGAGAAGACGUCGAAGAGACGCAGAAUUCUCGAAAGUCACCAUCAUCAAACCUCACCACGGAUUGUAUGCAGCAUACUUUCUCGGAAGACCCCACUCGACUAACGCUCAGAGCGCCAAACGUACCGCAAAGAUACGUGGAGGCCACUGAGCAAUGGAACGAUGAUGGCCAACCUUAAGCGAACAGGCGAUCCGACGAUUAUCACCUUUUCGAAUAUCCGCAGAGGAUACUUGGAGUAGCUUGUUCCGCUCUCAAGAGCAA